GGAACUGGGGAUCCCAUUUGUGCUAUAACAGCAUCUGAUAAGACACUGAUUGUGGGGCGUGAAUCUGGCACCGUUCAGAGAUACAGUCUUCCUAAUGUUGGUCUGAUUCAAAAGUAUUCCCUGCCCUGUCGAGCUUACCAGUUGUCUUUGAAUUGCAACUCCAGCCGUCUUGCUGUCAUAGACAUUUCUGGUGUCCUGACCUUCUUUGACUUGGACGCUCGCGUGACAGACAGCACGGGGCAGCAGACAAUAGGCGAGCUGUUGAAGCUGGAGCGUAAAGAUGUCUGGGAUAUGAAAUGGGCCAAAGACAAUCCAGACUUGUUGGCAAUGAUGGAGAAGACAAGGAUGUAUGUGUUCAGAAACCUGGAUCCCGAGGAACCCAUUCAGACUUCUGGAUACAUUUGUAACUUUGAAGAUUUGGAAAUUAAAUCGGUUCUCUUGGAUGAAAUACUAAAGAACCCUGAACACCCUAAUAAGGAUUAUAUCAUUAACUUUGAGAUCCGAUCCCUGCGAGACAGUCGAGCGUUGAUUGAGAAGGUCGGCAUUGAUGAUGCUUCCCAGUUCAUUGAGGACAAUCCCCAUCCCCGGCUAUGGCGCCUGCUGGCGGAAGCCGCCCUUCAGAAGCUGGACCUGCAGACGGCCGAGCAGGCCUUCGUGCGCUGCAAGGAUUACCAGGGCAUCAAGUUUGUGAAGCGGCUUGGCAACCUGCAGAGCGAGUCCAUGAAGCAGUGCGAGGUGGCAGCCUACUUUGGCCGGUUUGAGGAGGCGGAGAGAAUGUACCUGGACAUGGAUAGAAGGGACCUGGCCAUCGGCCUUCGAUUGAAAUUGGGAGACUGGUUCCGGGUGCUGCAGUUACUGAAGACGGGAUCUGGUGAUGCUGACGACAGCCUCCUUGAGCAAGCCCACAAUGCCAUUGGAGACUACUUUGCUGAUCGACAAAAAUGGUUGAAUGCCGUACAGUAUUACGUGCAAGGUCGAAACCAGGAGCGCUUGGCCGAGUGUUACUACAUGUUGGAAGACUACGAGGGUCUCGAGAACCUGGCCAAUUCCCUGCCAGAAAACAACAAACUUCUUCCUGAGAUUGCCCAGAUGUUGGUGAGGGUCGGGAUGUGUGAGCAGGCUGUGGCCGCCUUUUUGAAGUGCAACCAACCCAAAGCCGCUGUGGACACGUGCGUGCACCUGAACCAGUGGAACAAAGCCGUCGAGCUGGCUAAAAAUCACAGCAUGAAGGAAAUCGGCUCCUUGCUGGCUCGUUAUGCGGCUCACCUGCUGGAGAAGAACAAGACUCUGGACGCCAUCGAGCUCUACCGGAAAGCCAAUUACUUCUUUGACGCCGCUAAACUCAUGUUCAAGAUUGCGGAUGAAGAAGCCAAGAAAAGGUCCAAGCCUUUGCGAGUGAAGAAGCUGUACGUGCUGUCGGCUCUGCUCAUAGAGCAGUACCACGAGCAGAUGAAGAACGCCCAGCGGGGAAAGGUUAAAGGGAAGAGUUCAGAGGCUACCUCAGCCUUAGCUGGCUUGCUCGAGGAGGAAGUCCUGUCUUCAGCUAAUCGGUUCACAGACAAUGCCUGGAGAGGGGCCGAAGCUUACCACUUCUUCAUCCUCGCACAGAGGCAGCUGUAUGAGGGCUAUGUCGACACCGCUCUGAAAACAGCUCUCCACCUGCGGGACUACGAGGACAAUCCUGCCGUGGAGAUCUACUCCCUGCUGGCUCUGUGUGGGUGUGCCAGCCGGGCCUUUGGGACCUGCUCCAAAGCCUUCAUCAAGCUGGAGUCCUUGGAGACCCUGAGCCUGGAGCAGAAGCAGCAGUACGAGGAUCUGGCUCUGGAGAUCUUCACCAAGCACACCCCGAAGGAAAAGUCAGAGCUGGACAGUCUCCUGGAGGGUGGAGAAGGGAAGCUCCCGACGUGUGUGGCCACGGGAAGCCCCAUCAUGGAGUACCAAUUCUGGAUGUGUAACGUGUGCAAGCACUGUGUCCUGGCCCAGGAGAUCAGCAACUAUAACUUCUGCCCCCUGUGCCACAGCUCAGUGGGGUAGCAGCUGGUGCGGGGAAGUGGGGGAUGGGGUGCCUAGGGACUUCACAAGAGGAAAUACACUCUCCUCCCUGGGCCCAGGGGCUGUCUGUUUUGUUUUGGGAUAUGCCUAGGGGAAGAUGCACCCAGUCCGUAUUAGGUAAAAGUCACACUUCAAGCGCUGAGCACAGAUGCGCUCUGGCUGCGUCCACGCGGCUCUGGGACCAGCAGGACAUAGGCUUUCCUGGUGUGGCUCUGUGUCUGAUCUCUAGUCUCAGGGAGGCAAAGGUGGCCCUCAGAUGGGCGGGUGCCUUCUCUUCUGUUUUCCAGGCUUGUUCUUGGGAGACAGCGUCCUCUGGACGGAACCCAGGCUCCCAAA